GCCUCCCCCAAUAUCAAGCGAUAGUGUGUAAACUUGUUAGAGAGAGAAACUAGAGAGAGAAAGAAAAAAAUUAGGUUUUCUAUGCAUUUUCCUGCGCCGACGAAGAAGAUACCGGGAAAGUUUGAGGUAUUUUGAACUUUUAACGCUGUUUAGUUUCGACGUUUUGGCUCUCGGAUAUCGUUUUUGGUGGUCCUGUAGUUUUUCUGAAAAUUUGUAUUUAUAUGAGUUGUGGUUCUGAUUGAUGGACGAGAUUUGGGAAAGAGCGGUGGAGACGGCGUUAGACGGCGAGAGAAACUUUGGUUCUGUGAGAACCCUAACGUUGGACGGAGCGGUGAAGUGUAUUCAUGGUAAGUUGGCUCCUCCGUCGAUUUUCGAAAGGUUUCAGAAUCUAGAGCACCUUUCGAUUGCAAACACCGGUGUUACAUCGCUUGAACAGUUUCCUAGGCUUCAGAAUCUACAGAAGUUGAAUUUAUCGGACAAUAGAAUUGCUGGAGGGCUUGAGUUCCUUGUAGAGGCUGGUUUAAAUUCUCUUAGGGACCUUGAUUUGUCUAAUAACCGGAUUCAGGAUAUCGAUGAUCUUCGGCCUUUCGCUGAACUCAGGCUUGUCUCGCUUGAUCUCUAUGAAUGUCCCGUGACGAGGGUUAAGGAUUAUCGAUCUAGGGUUUUUGGUUUGAUUAGGUCGUUGAAGUAUUUGGAUAAGAUGGAUGCAGAGGGUAAUGAGAGGCCUGAAUCGGAUGAUGAGGAGGAAGAUGAAGAGGAGGAUGAAGAGGAUGAUCCAGGGAGCGGGGAAGUUGAUGGAGAGGAUCGUCCGUUCAGGAUGACGAAUGGACAUAGGGUUGAGAGUGAAGGGGUCGUAGAUGUGGAUGAAGAAGAGAGUGAUGCUGAUGAGGAGGAGACAGAGAUAACUAGAGUGACUAAUGGGUCAAAAGGGGAUGGUUCCAGUCACUCAAACGGUUUUAGAGUAGAGGCAGCUUCUGAUGGAGAGGAGGAUGAUGACGACGAGGAUGAUGAAGAUGAGGACUUUGUGGAGGAGAUAGAUGAAGAGGGAGAUGAAGAUGAUGUUGUGGAGGUUCAUGAGAUAGAAGACAGUGAUGAGGAUGAAGAUGGUGUGGAGGAUGAUGAUGAUGACGACGAUGACGAUGAGGAUGAAGAGGAAGUUGAUAACGAUGAUGGGGAUUUUGCUGAGCCCGAAAGUACUGGGAGGUUGAAUAGCACAGAAGGAGAGAUUGAUGGGCAUGAACAUGGGGAAGAUGAUGCAGAUGAGGAUGAUGAUGGGGAGACAGGGGAGGAAGAGCUAGGUGUUGACGAGGAUGGAGAUUUUGAAGAUGAUGAGGAUGCUGAAGAUGAGGAAGAAGAUAAUGGGAAUGGCUACCUUGUUCAACCAGUUGGUCAGGUUGUAGUAGAUGAUACCGAAGGCAGUGAUGUGGAGGCAGUAAUUGGGGAUGAAGAUGCGGAUUUGGAGGAAGAUGUUGAUGAUGAAGAGGAUGAUGAUGGUGAAGUUCAGGAGCAGCCACCAUCGUCCUCUCAGAAGAGGAAGAGAGAUGAUGAGGAUGAUGAUGGCGGGGACGACAAAGACGACGAAGAAGAAGAGUAUUCAAAGUCAUCCAAGCACCGUUAGAAGCAAUAUCUGAAAGUGAUGAUGGUGGUAGUUGACUUUUGAGCAUGUCUUUGUUGGAUAGCAACAGAUGUUUUGGUGGGAAAUUCAGGUGUAGGAUGAUGGAUGAUAUAGAAAUGUUCAAAAGGUGGUUAGUAAAUAUUGGCGGUCUUGGUUUGGGUGCAGUAGCCGUUGCUUAAUGACAGUUAUUCAUGAAGAGGGAAUCCUAGUUUGUUGGAGGGGAAUUUGAAUUUGAUGGGAAAAUCUUUGGCUAGUUCUGCUAUAGUAGUAGGUGAUAGAAACUCUUUAUUUUCUUCUUAAAUUAAAAAGGAAUGCUUUGCUGCCUUUUAAUAUGGGGGAUAGUUUGAAAUUGGCUUUGUAAAACCGCUUUGUGGAUAGUUGUCUCUGUUAAGUGUGACCGUUUAUGACUGUUGAGAUGAUGAUGAGCCUACUUUUACAUUAGAGCGAGCUAAUAUUUUUUGCAACUCGCAGGUGGUGCCAGAUGUCAGUCAGCUAAUUGUGUUUGCUCUCCAUUUCCAUGUGAGCGAGAGGAACGAUGACAUGAUAUGAUAACCCACCGGCUCAGAAUAUAUUUCUAUUUAAUAAAGAAAAAGAAAAAAGAGAAAGCAAUGGUCCCAAUCCAACAAAAAAGGAAAAAAAAUUCCCUGCUUAUUUUGUGCAACUAAAAAAAUGCUGUUUUUAACCCACUUGGCUUGAGAUGGGAUUGGUUGUGUCGUCGGAUUAAUGGGCUUGGAAGCCCAAAAUGAUGGAAGAGAAUGGGCUACAAGGAAAGGUGAAAAUGGUCAACUUGGGCUUGUAUGCGCGUGAGCUUCACGAAGCCGCAAUGGCAUUGCUGGUUGAUCGUUCUAAUGGGAUUUGAUUCCACUUUGUUUAUGUACAAUUUUUAAAGCAAAAUUACGAAGACAUGUAGCGCGUGCGCUUGGAUUUGUAUUAAUUUAUUCAAUUCAAAUGAAUGCAGACUACAUAUUCUCUC